UCCGCGGAUCGGGUCCCGCUGUUGCCGGUGCUUCCCUGUCCGUGCUCAGCUGAGUAUCAGUGGCCGGGACACCACAACCCGGCCGGUGCCGGGCAGAGCCAGCCGAGCAGUGUUCCUGUGAAUGGGCUCUGCGGGCAAAGCGACGCUCCUGGCUCGGAAGAGCCGGAUGAAACAUCACCGACCCGCAGAGCCCAUUCCCUGGUUUCUGUCCAUCAGGACACGGACGGCGGCGGGAUCCAGAAGAAGAACUGCACUUGGCUCCUGGUAACACAUGACCCAUGUGCCAAAGGCGAUGUGAUGACAGCACUAGAGAAGUCCACUGGAGACGUUGUAUUCAAGUUUGAACCAUUUGUUCUUCACGUGCUGUGUCGGGAGCUGCAGGAUGCACAGCUGCUGCAUUCAGUGGCUGUUGAUUCUGGAUUCAGGAACUCCGGUAUUACGGUUGGCAGAGGAGGAAAAAUUACUAUGGCUGUCCGGAGCACUCACUGCUUAGAAGUUCCAUUGAGCCACAAGGGGAGAUUGAUGGUCUCUGACGAAUAUAUUGAAUUUCUGGUACAGGUAGCCAAUCAGAAAAUGGAAGAAAACAUAAGGAGGAUUGAGAGAUUCUACAAGGGCUUGGAGUUGGCUCUGGAGACUGCUGUCCCUACAGACACCUUGGCUCCCAACGGGCCAGAGAAGAGCCGCUCUGUGUAUGUGCACAGGAGAAAGAGACAGACCAUUCGGGAACAGGCCGAUCCCAGUGGAGAGCUGGAGCCCCAGGAUGAUACUGAAAGCAGUCUGGAUCUGUUUGCCGAAAUCAUGAUAUAGACUAAGGCAUUCGAAAGCAAAUGGCAAACUGGCUGUAUGCUCUUUGUAAGAGGUUUAUAUACUGUUGUGCUCUCAGUAGUAACACUCCCAUGGACAUUGACCAGAAAAAAGGUAAUUAACAGAAUGGCGAGCAGGUAUAAUGCUACCGGGCACAGAGAACAAAGCCUUAGAAUGUGUUGGGUUUUUUUAACUGUACUGUUGAAUUAACAGACUUCUACUCCAUCUGCCAGUUAUCCCAGAAUAACAGGUUUGCUGCAGCCUUUG